CUCGCCGCGCCACAUCACAAACGUUGCAUCCACCCUACAAUACCUGCCUUGUGCCUCUCAUUUUCAGAUUCGCUUGUUCCGUCCAUUGUUUUGCCACUCGCUUCCCAGCCUCGGCUCGACCUGAGGCGAAGAGGUAUCUAUACUACAUCUGCUUGCCGCGUUUCUGUUCCUGUUCUUCUUUAAAAAAGCAGUGGUGUUAUUGCAUCAACACGCGCGAGUCUUCUACCUAAAUUUCUUCGUCGUGCACGUCUUUCUCCUCGUCGCUUCUCCCCAUGGCUUCCCUUGUGCGACCACCGCUUGCUUCGACCGCGUCUUCCGCCAGCGUCUCUCAGCAUCUCGUCGUGUCCGGCAAGUGCUCCUGCGUCCUCCCCUCCGCGGUUCUAUGCUCGCGCCCGUUCCCUGACACGUCAGCCGCGUGCGCCGACGGCAGAAGAUCCUCGAGCAUCGUCCUCAGCAGCCGCAGCGCGUCAUCCGCGCAUGUCUCCGCCGCGAAUCUCCGCUCGAAGCGCCAGUCCUUCUUCGGCAUGGCGCUCCACGUGCGGAGCAGCGUGUCCACCGGCGGCGGCAGCGGCGCGCAACGAGGAGUGCGGGGCGUGGAGAUGAGCUUCUCGCCGCACGGCAUGGGGGCCAACGGGCAGCAGUUCGACGACGAGGAGUACCUCGAGGCGCACGUCAUGGAUGCCGUGCGCAUGGCGCCGCAGCAGGAGCGGCUGUACAUGACGAUGGCGGACGGCACGGAGAUCGAGGUGGAGCACGUGAACCCCAGCGCGGGCCGCCUGCUGUACCCGCACAGCACGCCCGCCAUAUUCGUCAAGGUCGCUGGCAACUCCGGCCUCCUGCUGCCCAUCGUCGUCGGCGACCUCGCGGUGGGCUUUUUGAUGAAGGGGUUCCGCAAGGAGCCCGGGGCGCGGCCGUGCCACUACGACGUGAUGCGCGACAUAGUGGAGUCGCUCAACUACGAGGUGCGCACCGUGAAGAUCACGCAGCGCGUCAUGGACACAUAUCUCGCGCGCAUCUACCUCGCGCACCCCGACUCGCCGCACUGCGCCGCCAGCAUCGACGCGCGCCCGUCCGACGCCAUCAACCUCGCCAUCCGCGCGCAGGUGCCGAUCUUUGUGUCGAAGAGCAUCGUGCGCAGCGACGCCGUGCGCGUGGUGGACGAGGCGCACCGCAUCGUGUCGCCCGGCCAGCCCUACUCCGCCGCCGCGCACCACGUCGUGCGCGCCUCGCCCGCCGCCACUGACAGUGGGGGGGCGACGGACCUGCUGACGGAGGAGAUGGCGCUCACCAAGAGCCUCAUGGCGGCCGUGCAGGAGGAGAGAUACGGCGACGCAGCGUCCCUGCGGGACAAGCUGAAUCAGCUGCGCAACCGCAACCCCAGGCAGCUCAACAACAGGUUCUGAGUGAAUGUGGAAGUCAGAGUGGCGAACAGCUGCCUCGCCCCCAGACUUCCGUUACCUGCUGUGCAGCCACACAGCUGCACUGCUCUUGGCUGCACCACCUUCCACCUAUGUACCUAGUUGCACAUACUGUUUGCUCGCACCCAGCCAUCAUCAGUUGCUUCUCCCACUGCUGCUGCUGCACAUACGCCCUCACACCACCACGUGUUCGUGGCCCUACCACUUCUCCCGCAUUCCCUGUGGAGUGCUGGGGAAUUGGAGCUACUAAGGAGCUGCUGCUGCUUCUACUGUGCUUCAUUCUGCCUGAUUGCUGUCUGGCCUCGCCUCUGUUUUCCUCCCUGCUUUCCACUGAUGCCCAUAUUUCUGUGGCUGGGGCUGGGGCUGUGGACCGCCCGAGGCUUACGGCAGCUGCUGCGUGUGUAAAGGUGGUUCCAUCUGCUUGCGGCAGCUUUCUGCCUGCUUGCCACGCCACGCCACCCAUCCCAUUCCUUGAUCAUUCCCAUGGCUGCAUGCCUCCCUGACUGGCUGAUUGUAAAUAGCUGUCUUGCUCUCCUUUGUAACUCUACGGGAUGUUUGUGCAGUUAAUGAUGGUUACUUUUUGUUUUUUAUUGAAAUGCUGGCUUCACUAAAUGACCUCGUACCAU